CCCGCCAGAUUUCUCACAAGGCACCACCUAGUGACAAUCGCGACUCGUGCUUCCUCAGCCGGCAAUCUCAUUGAUCAUUCUAUCAAUAGAACACCGCAACUACACUGUCGUUUUCAACAGCACUCACAAAGCCUGGACUUACCUACAACUUACUCAUCAACAUCACAUCCAAGUCUAUUGAUAACACCCGAUCGACCUCACACUCAGACAUCUCAAGCGCAUCAUCAACCAAGUCGUCCUCUGGAAGAAGGAAGGAACAUUGUCACUCUCGGCGGAUUUAACACUGCGGAUCGGACAAUUACAAUCAUUUCGGCACGGAAGCAGCGACUGCAAAUCUCACAGCUUUAUGGUUUUUCAGAGUACUCACAAGCAGACCAAACUUCAAAAACUUCACCUCUUCAACACUCCACGAGUCAACAUACCUAUGCUUUCGCAAUGACCAAAGCUAAUCAUCUGGCUGCCACGGUGGUUGACGAUGGCACAUCCUCCGUCACGGUAGUCACUGACGACGACGCUAUGACCCUCGUCGACCUUUUUGGAGAUCUCGACGUCGAGGAACUCACCGAGCCUGACAACAAAACCACAUCUGGGAAGUCAACCAGCAUUGUGACUUCGGAGGUUACCACAGACGCCGCUGACAGUGAGGUGGACAUGAAGAAUAAACCAAACGAGAAGGGCAAGGCCGUAGACACAGAAAGCAAGUCGGUCACGGAAGCAGAGACAUCUUCUGUAGUCACAUCAGAAGCAGCCAGCUCAGAGGGGCCUGAAUCGUCAGCUUCUGGCGAGACAGCCUCAGAAGACAAGAGCACAACUGACGAUGCAUCCUCAAAGAGCGCAGACGCCUCUACUGGUGCCCAAUCAUCAACCACGGGCGAGUGGACAGCCUCAGAGGAUGCUCUCAUCAUCAGCAUGAAGGAGGGUGGUGAGACCUGGGCUUCCAUCGGAAACGCAAUCAACAGAGGCAAGAACGAGGUCAAAAAGCGCUGGCACGUAAUGAAGAUCAACGUUGCCAAUUCGGUCGAAUCCACAUGCGAGGCUCAUACAGAAGAGACUACUCAGACCGAAUCCCAGGCGGCUACCGAGGCCGAUGCCAAAACCGAAGCGAGCCAAGAUGAGGUAAAGACAGAUGAUGACAAGUAUAAAUCCAAGGCAGAGAGAAAGGCGGAGCGCAAAGCCGAAAAGCAGAAGCAGAAAAACAAGGAGACCCUAAAGUCUGAUGAAAAACUGAAAGAGUCGCAAAAGCCUUCCAAGGAGGUGAAGAUCACUGAGGGCAAGAAACCCGAGUCCAAGCUCAAGGAGCCCAAACAGAGAGGCAAGCCCGCCAAGCCCGCCCCGUCAGAGGACUCGUCAAAGCCUGCUACCUCAGACACCAACGAUGAGACCCCGAGCUCAUCCUACCGAGACCGCUUCAACCUCCUCCACGACGCCUCCUCGGCCUCCGAGUCAACGUCCUCCGCUACCAGCGCGGACGAUAACGACGCCGAUCCUCAAGCUCAAUACAAACGCGAACUCGCCGGCCAGGAGCGCUACAUCCGCCGCCACGUCCACCCGGCACUCUACCCACCCACGCCGGCAGCAUCGCACAAGAGAAAGAGGCCGCUUCCCCCUCCCGCCCACAGACGUGCGCCCAGCCCGGCAGACAGACAGCAGCGCCGAGACGACGCGACGCUCGCGGCGGUGGUCUCCAAGAGGGAGGCGACAAAGUGGCUUGAGAUGCAGGCCAACUUUUACAACGCCACGGGCCGGAUGGUGCCGCUUCACAUGAUCAAGUCGAGGUGCGAGGCCGAGGAGGACCGAGGAAAAGCCGCCGGCGUGCGGAGUUGGGCCUCCUCGGUGGCCGGUAGCGAGGAUCUGUUGGACCCUAAUGAGGGUCGGGACGCCCCUGAGGAUGCUCUGAUCGAUGACGACGAGGAUUGAUACCCCCUUUUUCCUUUUUCUUACGCUUGUUUGCGAAAUACGACCCUCAUGAGGUACCUGGCUCGAGGGAGGUAACGACUGACGAAUGA